AUGUCAAAUGAAUUAACAAAAAAUAAGUCGAUAGGGCAAUAUAUUUUUAGUAUUUUCUUAUAUAUGAUAAUAUUAAGGUAAGACUUUAGGAUAAGGUACUUUUGGAAAAGUGAAAUUGGCUACUCACAUUUUAACAGGAGAGAAAGUUGCAAUAAAAAUCCUAGAAAAGUAGAAGAUAAGUGAUUAAUCUGAUGUUGAACGCGUAACUAGAGAGAUUCAAAUACUUAAGAGAGUUCGCCAUCCAAAUUUAGUCUAAUUAUAUGAGGUAAUAUUUUUGAGUUCUUACCAGAUAAUAGAGACACCUAAAUAGCUGUUUCUAGUUAUGGAAUAUGUUAAUGGAGGGGAGCUCUUUGAUUAUAUAGUCCAAAACCAACGUAUUAAAGAUGUUGAAGCAAUCAGAUUUUACAGUUAAUUAAUUUCAGGAAUUGAAUAUCUUCACAAACUACAAAUAGUUCACAGGGAUCUCAAGCCUGAAAAUCUAAUUCUUGAAGGGAGAGGUAAAAUCAAAAUAAUAGAUUUUGGCUUAUCUAAUUUUUAUCAUCAAGAUGAAUUAUUAAAGACAGCAUGUGGUUCACCUUGUUAUGCUGCUCCAGAAAUGAUAGCAGGUAAAAAAUAUAAUGGUCUUCAUGUUGAUAUAUGGAGCUCUGGUGUAAUCUUAUUUGCAAUGUUGGCAGGAUAUCUUCCUUUUGAAGAUCCAAAUACUUCUUAGUUAUACAAGAAAAUAAUAUCAGGAGAGUUUAAAUUCCCUAAAUAUAUUUCAGCAGAGGCAAAGGAUUUAAUUAAGAAUAUAUUGAAUGUUGAUCCAUAGAAAAGGUAUACAAUUGCAGACAUUCGAAAACACAGUUGGUUUAGUUUUUGUAUAAAUUCAAUUUUAUAAAGUUUUAUUAAGACAAUUAAAAAAUACCAACUGGCCUCGUUGUAGGUUAACAUAAAAUACCAAUUGACCCAGAAAUAAUUAAAUAGAUGAUUCCAUUAGGAAUUUCUAGCGAAUAUGCUGAAAAAUGUAUUGAAACAAAUAGGCACAAUCAUGUAACUACUACUUAUUAUCUCUUAUUGAAAAAGCAUAUUUUGGCUGGGAAUAAAUCAAUAGCAGGUAAUUUUAGAAUAUAUUCAAUUAUUAGACAUAAACUCUGAAUAAUUUGAAGCACAAAAAAUAUCUACUAGAUAAUCUACUUAUACUGAUAGAAAGUAAAUUAAUUUAAUAAAUCCUUUGCCAUUAAUAUAAAGAAAAUGUAUGUGUUUAAUUUAAUAGUUAUUAAGCAAGACAUACAUAAUAAAGAGAAGAUUCUCCUGUUGAUACAAAACCAAGAUUAAACAAUUCUGUCAAUACUCAAAACACAAUAUAAUAAUAAUAAUCCCCUACAGUAUUGAAUCAAUCUGUAGAUGUGAGGAGAAAAAUUACUUUGGAUUUUUAGAAAACAACACUUUUGGAAUCAAGUUUAUUAUAAUAAUCGAAUGAUGUUAAAGUUUUGAAAUUGAAGACACCAGUUUGUAGGAAUUAUAUAUUAGCUGAGUAUUAUGGUAGAUUUCCAAAACGAUCUAGAAAUUAAGAGAGACAAAAAUCAAUGGAAUAAGAAUAAACAUACUUUCGAACAUUUUAUAAGGGAAGUCCUAUUCCAAAAAGAUGAG